GACGCACUUCUGCAGAAAAGAUUGCACUGCCCCGCAGAUUUAUGUCAAUGAUGUUGAUUCAUUUCAUUUUCUUUCAGUAGCACCGUCAAGCUCUACAUCCGGAUGUACGAAGAAGUCGUCGCUCUUGGCAUGAAGCUGCACUAUCACAAAUGUAUAAAAGUAUUGAAAUCGGUGGGAACAGAGACAGACGGAUCAUCAUGUAAAACUAGAUCUUUUAUUUUCUCUCUAAAGAAUUUCAGGCUGUUGGUAGGAGAGGUCGCAGAAUGGUGGAGAGUGUAGCUACGUCGGCGUGCAUUGCACGGUCUUGUCGGAGGCUCGUUGAGAAUCCUGAGUAAAGAAGUGACGAUCUAAAGAUCUCAGGAAAUUACACAAAUGAUGCUCCCGCCAUUAUUCCAUCCUGUCGUGCUUGUUCUAUCUUGACAAAGUGGUUCUAUCUAACUCCAUUCGUUGGCAUGUCUUUACCAUAUCUAUUCGUUCCUUUACAUUCAUCAGCAGGUGGAAGAGUUGAAGCAAACUGCCGUGUGUAGAAGAAGUAGUAAAGCUCAAUAGCUUUUUGUUUUCCGAUACCCGUAAGCCGAGCCAGACCCAGAUUCUUGUUAGACAAAAACCGCGUCCGAGUAAAAAUAUAUCGUAAUGAUGUCGUACAUAUGGCGCUCUGCUAUCGUUAACUUGACAAUAUCUACACCAUCUGUCUGCAGUAGAGUGGGCUCUGUUCCACUUCGUAGUUGCUUCCCAUGAUAAAGAAUCUCUUCGAAUGAUGAUGAAGUAGCUAAUCAUGGCAGCUGCACAAAACGAGGAAACAGACGCCGGGCCGCGUGUAUUCACGACGACGGUGGAGUUCUUUCCCCCGUUUAGGGGAUGCAAUGUCACCGAGGUUGAGACAUCGAGUCAAGAUGACGACAUCUCCGAGGAUUUUCUCACGGGAGGCCCCGCAAGACCACAGGAGGAGGAAUCUCUUUGUUCAGAACAGGACGUCACUCUCGUGAUUACCACCUCGGCCAUUCCACUGAAUCCCAGCACCAAGCUGAUCGAGGUGCUGCUGCAGAGUUUCGCGCAAAACCUGAAAGUGGACGAAGGUCGAGGUGCAGAAGCAGGCCGAUCUUCGAACAAUUAUGGAAGUAGGAGCACUAGUACAGGACCGGCAGAAGAACAAGAAGUUGUACGAAGGCGCGGCAAAUGGAAACCGAUUCCUGUGCACAUUUUUUGUGACGGCUACACCCGGGCGGACGUGCUGGAUAGCAAGGGGCGGCAGCCAAAAAAGCCCAGUUGGAAAAAAUGCAGGAUAACGGAAGAGCAAGCGGCAAAUUACGAGCAAUUCGUGGAAAAUCUGUGCGAUCCGGGGCUUUAUGAGAGGGUGUUUUCCGCCGGCACAAACACAACAGCUAUGAAGAAACUGUUUCACCCAGAAAUACGCGUCCACCGAAUUGGCAGCGCGGGGAACUGGGGCUUUGCGAAAGUUAUGCAGUUUGCCGUGGAGCAAGUCGUGCGGACGAAAUACGUCCUGGUCGCCCAGCAUGACUACAUGCUGAUCCAGGCGUUUCCGUUAAGCGAGGUGCUUCAAGCGAUGGAAGACCACCCCGACCGGCUCGGCUACGUUGGGUUCGACUCCUUAACAACGACAGAAUGGUCCUACAAGGUCGAGAGGCAACAGAAGCUAGUAGGCGCAGCGACAUCAUUUUCAGCAGCAGCAACUACAGCUUUGGGUGAAGAGAGGGAUCAGAAAUAUAAUUACGCUGCUGGGCCCUCGUCGUGCGCAGGGUUGUUUGCAGAUGAAAAUCCAAAUGCGGCGGAAAAUGCUAAAAUAAAUUCUUGCCUGGCAGAUGUAGUUGAGGCUCAUGACAGAGACAAGAACCUCCCCCCGGGCCGCCCGCACUGUGCGAAAAGCACCGCCAAAACUACAUCAGUGAGUACUAAACUUGUCAAGAAGGACGAGCUGCUGGUCGAAAGGAUUCACGGCCUGGAGUUCCAGAAGAUGCCGAUUUGGUAUGACAAGACGCACCUUUGCCGCGUUGCCACGUACCGGCAGCUGUUCGCGAAGGUCAAAUUCCCCCCGCCGAGCUUUAUCGAGGACGUAUUUUUCAACGAAAGACUGUCGAGCUACGAACUCGGACUGCCCUGCCACGUGCUGCGGCAGAAUAUGGGCCCCGUGGUGUACCACCUCAGCGGCCGCAAAUUGGCGGAGGCAGAAGGCGGGCGAGGGCAGGCGGGCGGCAACACGGAUCGUGCCAAGGGCGUUCACGGGAAUGGCGUCGGGCAGCACAAAGAAGACCAGGAAAAAGAAGCACGCGACGCUGACGGUGCGGUGCAGUACUGGGCUGCACGAACAAGAAAAAUUGAUGCUUCAACAUAUGAAAUUCCAGGUGGCCUACGUCUACGUGAAACAGUAGGCAUAGCACCUGAUGCCGAUGAAUACCAAGGCAGUGGCGCAAGCACGAUUUCGAAAGCCGACGUCCAAAAAAGCGAUUUGUAUCGGGAGAACGAAGUUGCUUUUUCUAUCGGUAAGAAUAAUGCAACAAAUGGAUUAAGUCCCAGCGCUAGCGCAUCAGAUUCAGUAGAAGGAGCAGACCGAAAACCGAGACAGAUCGUCCCGCAGGACUCUCAACAUCCAUCCGCCGCCCCGCUUCCUUUCUACGGCGCCAAGUUCGACAUGUUCCAGCCUCGCCCGCUGGAGCAACUGAACAAAAAGUUUACCGGAACGUGUUUCCGGUGCGGGAGGAAAGGCCAUAGCUCAAAGCACUGCACAACCGCGGAAAAUAACGGAACAGCUGCUGAAGAUGAACAAACUGUGGGAAGUUCUUACGCAGAGCCCGCUGCGACGACGUUGCCGCUCCAGCUUGCAGUCACGUCCACUGCAUGAGGAUUGUCGCGUGCUGACAUGAGCGGAAGUGCAGAUGUUGUAGCGGAAAGUGUCGUGAGUAGAAGUAGUUCUAAGCGCCCUUGUUGUGAUAGGUCUGUUGUGUUGUAUAUCACAGAAGGUGUGGCACUGGCAGCGUUCGAAGAGAAAAAUAAGCGACGUUUUUGAGUACUUCAGUGAUUAUAUAUAUAGCCAUUUGAUUCGGCGAGCGACAGUACGUGCCAACAGUGUACGUGCUGUGCCGAGUCGUCUACGCGACAUUAUAUUUCAGCAUAUUUAUAAUUCCGUCUUCACAGAAGUAUUGUGCGGC